AAUAACAGCCCAAUAUAACUCAUUUCUAUACAGCUAAUCUGAACCGUCCAAUUUAGGUUCAGAUCAGGCGCCUCAUUAUAAAAACCCUAAACUCAAGACUUUGACGCCACUUCUAUCACUCACCUUCGGAAACCCUAACUUUCCUCACAUACCAGCAGAAUGGAAUCUCAAAUCAAGCAUGCGGUUGUUAUCAAGUGUGUUGGCCGCACUGGGUCAAGGGGUCAAGUAACCCAAGUUAGAGUUAAAUUCUUGGACGAUCAGAACCGUUUCAUCAUGAGGAACGUAAAAGGACCUGUCAGAGAGGGUGACAUUCUUACCCUUCUCGAAUCUGAGAGAGAAGCAAGGAGGCUUCGUUGAGUGACAUUAUGCGUGUUGCAGCCUGGAAUUUUUGAUGUGUUAGUUUUGGAUUUCAUGGUGAUUGAACUUUUUAUCAGUUAUGUUUUGCAAACUUAAGAUUUUGUUAAAUGAAUGAAUGUCGGAGAUUUGUCUUCGGCAUUCCAUUGUGGUAUAGAACAUAUGGUUUGGUUGUAGACAGUUUUGCUAAUAUUAUGUCUCAUGAUUGCCUAUUGUUAGCAUAA